AUGGAUGCCGACCAGAUGGAUCGGUCGGACAGUGUCGUCGUUGCCGCCCCGGCGACGGAUGGCAGUCGCGACUCGCCCAAGGACCAGAACAGCCGCAGGGCUGCCGCCUGUCUUGUGUGCCGUCGGUCCAAGAUCAAGUGCGAGAAGGGCCGCCGCCAGAACGACGACCGCUGCCAUCGCUGCGUCCAAUUGGGCGUCCAGUGCGUGCGACCGGACUUCCACGUAGGACGCCGGAAGGGCGUCAAAAACAAGCGCACAGGGUUGGAGAAGGCGUUGCAUCAGGUGGAGCAGGCUCUGCGACGGAGUGCAUCGGGCACCGAGGCGGCCAAGAUCGUCUCAGAUCUCAAGUCUCUCCUCGGCCCCGGACCGCAUGGGUCAUGGUCGCUCAUCACUAACAGCCACGACCAAACUGGAGGCGCGACCGUAGAACCACGCCGGGCCUCCAAGCAGAGCGACAUCUUGCUCCCCGACGCCUCCUCAGACGCCGGCGACAGCUCUGCCUCAGACCAAGACGCCAUGAGCGUGCCGCAGGAAUCCACCCCUUCGCAGGACCAUGUUGGCGAGGAGAGCCUUGCUGUCGACGACGCCGAGAACCCCCUCCAGCUUCUCGCCCGGGCCUCGGAUCUGCAUGUCUCGCCCAAGUCAGGGGCCGACCACGUGGCGGCCGAAGCCCUGUCUCACCCCCUGACGCGGCAGAGCAAACAGAGCGACAAGAUCUCCGAGGUCGAAAAGUUCUUCAAGCUGAGCCAGUUCAGCCUCGACACGGGCCCGGACCUGGACCCAAUCAACCUCGGCCUGCUCACGGUCGAAGAAGCAGACACGCUCUUCAACUUUUUUCAUCAAAACCUCGCCCACACCCGCUGGGGCCUCGACCCGGCCCUCUACACAGCCGCCUUCACCCGGUCCCGAUCCGCUUUCCUGUUCACCUCCAUCGCCGCCGCCGCCGCCCUCUUUGUGCCCUCCGUCGGGGCCCUGUCACGGCGCCUCUCAAAUCACUGCAAGACGCUCGUCAACCGCAUCAUUCUCGACCGCUACCGUUCCGUCGAGAUCGUCCUCGCCUUCAUGGUCAAUGUUCCCUGGAUGUUUCCCGGCAAGCACAGCACCGACGACGAAACCUGCUGGUAUGUGUCGAUGGCGACCACCAUGGCGCUGGACCUGUCGCUGCACAAGAUCUUGGUCCCGGUGGCCUCGCUACGGGAAGGUCCUGGCGGGCGAGGAGGGAGUUUUGGGGGAAUCGCCAGGGCAGAUUGCAUCGAUCCCAAGGUCGCCUUGGCCCUGGACGGGUUUGGGGAUGUGGAUCCGAAUUCCGAGUUUGGGCUGAGGUUGUUGAGGAGGCGGGAGAGGUGCUGGAUUGCCUUGUUUGUGCUGGAGCGGGGGAUGUGCCUGGCGAGAGGCCGCUGCUACACGGUGCCUGUUACCCCUAUUCUGAGGGGCUGUGAUCAGUGGCAUUUGUCGAACAUUGCGGAUACCAUGGACGGGCAUCUGGUGUCUAUGGCGGUCUUGCGGAGGGAUUUGGACGAGCUAUUCUCCUCCAUCCGGACGGUUUGCGAUGAAUCACGGGACGGCAGGGUUGACGGCGCCAUGGUUGCUCGGUCAAUCCAGAUGAUUGUGGAAAAGUUCUUCGACGAAUGGCACGCCAAAUGGGGCAUCUCCAUUGGUAGCGGGCCCCAGCAUCGACUUCCACCCUAUGUGCAAAUCCUGGUCACACACACUCGCUUGUCCAUCUACAGCACAGUCAUUAACCACCCGACGGCCCCGACCGAAGUGCGCCACUUCUUCCACGCAGCCGGGCUAUCAUCGGCGCUCAACGUCAUGCGGGUGGCCAUCCAGGGUGAAGGGCAGCUGUCCAGCAUGCCCAACAAUACUGCCAUCAUGAUAUCGUUUGCAGCUUGCUUCGCGCUGCGACUUAGUGGCCAGUUUGCGGGCAACUCAAAUCUAGCACCCAGCGUCCGGACACUGAUUGAGGAAACAGCCGAGGUCCUGGAGCGGAUUGGCUCAACCACGCAACACCGGAACGGCAUGUCGACAUUGUAUGGCAAAUAUCUUAAGUACAUCGUCAAGAAAGCGGCAGCCGCCGGUCCUGUCCCGGCCGAGACAGCUGCGAGGCCGCGUGCAGGGACACAGCCAGAGCUUCUCCCGCAACACCAUGCAGCGGCGGCAUAUGCCCGGGGGCACAACACUCGCGCUAGCUUCAGCGUGGUUGACGCGAUGCACCCUAGCCCACCUGUCUCGGGUUUUCUGGAACCGCCUCCAUGGUCUGAGCCGAUUCAGUUCUCGUCCAUGUCGGACGACCAGAUUGUCGAGGCACUCAGCAGGGUCAACAACGAAUUCGACCCCGCUCUCAGCAUGUACCCAUGGGACGAUGCCGGUGCCCUGGACUGGCUCAAUUGGUCUAAUCUACCCGACUUUGGGACGUGA